GUUCUACAUGACUUCCUCAAUCCACAGGGCGCUCUUGGUUCUGGAGAAGGGUGCACCGCCCACCGUCGAUACACGCCCAACUCCUAAGCCAGGCAAAGAUGAGAUCUUGGUGAAAGUCUCCGCAACCUCUAUCAAUCCCAUCGACGCAUACAUGGGUCUCAUGGGAGCCUUCAUUCAAUCUUACCCUGCUACUCUCGGGUGCGAUGCGGCCGGCAUCGUAGAGGAGGUUGGCGAGGAUGUCAAGACAUUCGUCAAAGGUGAUAGAGUUCUGUCUGCGGGCGAUUUCAAGCCAGAUUUUCACACUUAUCAGGAAUAUGCGCUCGGCUAUGAAUGGACGUCCUGCAAGAUACCUGAAAAUAUGACCUUUGAGGAAGCCUCGACGAUCCCCCUUGUCCUCGGCACAGCGGCCGUAGGAAUGUACGGGGUGCUGAAGACGCCACAUGGAGGGGCGGGUCUCGUGGCACCUUGGGCAGAGGGUGGUAGGAAUAAAUAUCAUAACGAGCCUGCGAUUGUUAUAGGAGGCGCAAGCGGCGUUGGCCAGUGUGCAAUUCAACUGGCGAAGAUGUCAGGAUUCAACCCAAUCAUCACCAGCGCCUCCUCACACAACACUGCGUACUGCAAAGCGGCGGGUGCGACUCACGUCAUCGACUACCAGAAGACUCCUUAUGGGCCAGCCUUCGUUGAGGCCGUCUCUGCCAUCACGACCGCUCCGAUCAAGUUCAUCUACGAUGCCAUAAGCGCUGAGGCCUCACAAACGACUUGCUGGUCCAUUCUCGCCCCGGGCGGGAGAUUGGUCGUCGCAAACCCUAAUGCCUCCAAAGAUAUAGGACAACCUGGUGUUGAGGGAAAAGAUGGAAGGAGGGUUAUUACUGUUUUUGGAAGUGUGCACAAUGAUGAAGUGGGAGGGGAUGUGCAGCUUGGGAAGAGCAUGUAUGUCGCGCUGGAGAAGAUGUUGAGAGAUGGUGACAUCAAGCCGAGUAAGGUCGAGCUGCUUCCAGGAGGGUUGAGCGGACUGCCGGACGGAUUUGCGAGGUUGGUGGCUAAGAAGAUCAGCGGGGCGAAGAUGGUCGUGAGGGUGGCGGACACACCGAAGUGAUCCCAUCUUACUUGAUAUCGUCUUCUGUCGAGUGAUUCUUCGUGUACUUCUAAUAUUUAUACAAGACCCGCAAUCCCGAGAAUGAGAGCUGUGAGCCGUAUGGCUCGACGUUC